AUGGCAUCUUUUGCUCCCAGUCUGUCGUUUAUCGACACCCACAGCAAAGCAGACACAACAAACUGCAAAUCAUUCACAUUCCAAGUUAAACUGGACGUCUGUGUUUAUGCCGAUGGGCCCUUGCCACCCCGCGCUAGACAAUCCUCCUGCGAUAUUUCAGCCGCAGAAGUGGUCAUUGAAUUCAAGUGGGAACCACAUCACAAUCCAUUCCACACACCUGCAAAUGGCUCAAGUCAUAAAGUGCACUUUGUAUCAGAGACCAACAAGGCCAUGGCCACGCUGGGACAAAUAAUGAGCUAUUCUGCAGCUCAACUUGGCACACAAUAUCAUACUCACACUUUCUCCGUCCUGAUCGUCUGUGAUCUAGCUUACAUCAUAAGAUGGGACAGGGAGGGAGUUACCGUUUCCUCUGCCAUCAAUUAUAACAAAGAUCCACAUUUGGCAGACUUUUUCCAUCAUUAUGCACAGGCAUCGUCUGCAUUGCGUGGUGUUGACACUUCGGUAAUGCCCGCUAGCGUAGAGGAAGCUCGCCUUGCAAGAUUGCAGCUAGACCUUCCUGCUACCAAGCGCAUGUUGAAAGUGGCUGUGCCUGCUGUCAAUAACUCUGGCCCAGUUACUUUGAUUUUUCCUGCACCUCUACCAGUUGGUCAAACCCCUGUAGGCCAAUGUACAUGCGCGUGUCCUGCGUACGAUAUUGACAAUAAAAAAGUUGUUAUGUUGAAAGACUCUUGGCGGGUCGCGACCGCCGAUAUACUACCAGAAGGCAAGACAUACAAAUUAUUAAAAGAACACAAUGUUUCCAAUGUUGCGUCGUGCAUUGCGUGUCACGACGUACCCUCUAUCCCUCAACAAGCCCCACAGACUUACAGGUUUGCAGAUGCUGCCUGGGCGUGUUCGCACAACACAAUCACUCCGCACAUUCACUAUCGCUUGGUUCUGAAUAUUGUGGGCAAGCAGUCUUGUGAAUUCACAAGCUCUCGUCAACUCAUUACAGCCAUUCAUGACGCAUUAAUUGCCCAUAAAGACGCAUAUCAUAAAGCGGGCGUGUUGCAUCGAGACCUUAGUGCUGGAAACGUUGGGAUCCACAAGGGCAAGGGCAUCCUCAUUGAUUGGGACCUCUCAAAGUUAAUCAACGUUAAAGGUGCUCGACAAGUAACUCAUAUGGGAACCUGGCAAUUCAUGUCGGCUCACCUGGUCCAAAAUAGAGACACCAAACAUGAUGUCAAGGAUGACCUAGAGUCCAGUCUCUAUGUCGUUCUAUGGGUUGCCUUGAUGUACACGGUGACUCACUUGACCGCCCCUGUCCGAACAUUACUCAUAAAGGAUGUCUUCGAAGUUGAUGAAUUGGAGGGAGUUGGAUCAACUUUGAAAUUGGCUUUUCUCAACUCAAGACUACAAUUUUCGAAAGAUGUAUUUGUCGAUUGCAAACCGCUCAACAGGCUUAUUCUUGCACUUGCAGAGCUCUUUGUGCUUCGGUAUACUUUGAUCACUCUGGAGCAGCAGGAAACUUAUGAUGGAAUGUGCAAGUACAUGGAAGGGAUAAAACCAGAUGCUGCUGAAAUGGUUCCCCUCACAAAUUUCGUGAAGGCACAUCCUGCCUACAAGUUGAAGAUACACAUGGAGACCUUGAAGUCGCACGACAAGAUAAUGGAAGUUUACAAUUUUCACCUUGGAUUAGACGGUGUCAUAUCCAUGCAUUCAGAUCUCAGAUCAGAUCCAGAUCCGAUCCACCAAUCCGAUAUCCGGUCCACAGAUUCGGUCCGCUGA